AUGCCUCUUAUGGGCCUCAGAUAUUUUCCAUCAAAGCAACGUUUGGACCUUUGCCGGUCAGGGCUCUCCAGGAAUGAAGCACUGUCCGAAUCCUGUGUCCCCAGGCCCGGGCAGAGGCUGCAGCUCGUGGUCUGUGCGUUGCUUGUUGAACUGUGCGAGAGGUUCACCUUUUUUGGGACAGUUUGCAAUAUGAUCCUAUUUUGCACGUUAAAGCUUGGCUACGACAACAAUGAGGCGGCCAUUGUAAACCUAUGCUUUGUCGGGACGUGCACAUUUACGCCUGUACUUUUAGGAUGGGUGGCAGAAUCCUGUGUUGGAAGGGUUAAAGUGAGUUACGUCUGCGCGUUGCUGCAUUUUGUGGGUAAGCCACUUUUAAAUGAAUUAUUGAGUUACAGCAAAUGUUAUUAUAAUUCCUUCAAUUAAUAGAACCACAAAAUGUCAGAUAUAAUCGAAAUUCCGGUUAUGGUCACGGUCUGUAUAUGUAUAUGUGUGUGUGUGUGUGUAUUGAUAUCAUUUCAUUCUUAAAUAAAUACAUUAAUAUCCUAGAAGCAUUGCUCAGUAAAUAAUGAGAAGAUAAAAUUUGUGAGGAAUAAAAAGUAAUUUAUAGUUAAUUCACUCUUUAUAUACGUUUACAACUGAGAUUUAAUUCUUUCCACACUUGUAGAAAAUAAAAGUGUAACAUAGUACAGGCAAUGCAUUGCUAGCUUAGAAACCUAAAAAGGACAAUGUAUAAAUUGUUCAUUUAUGUCUAAAACUUUAAUAUUAUUUAAAAAAAUUAUGGAAUUUCAAUAUAUAUUUAUUCAUUUUUUACAAAGUUUUGGACACAGGAUAAAGUGUGAGAGAUUAAAUACUGCUUGCGUUGUGUAGAUUCCCACCCAAUACUCCAGCAUAUUCAAGCAUUACAGGUUUGAGUUACUGCAGUUGUGUUCCAGUAAAGUUCCAGUAAAAUGUGAAUUACCAUGUGUAUAAUCUCAGCUAAUUCACAGAAAAAGAAAUGGUUUGCAUGUGAGAUGUCUGGUAAAAACACAUCGAAAGCACAAUGCCACUUGCCAAUCAAUAGGUAGAACAAUUAGACCCUUCAAAGUUAAAAAAUCAAUAACUCUCCACAACCUACAAAACACAAUAUAGUUCAGCUUUUAACAAUUACUCCUCAUAGACUGUAAGCUUGUUUGAACAGGGCCUCCUUCACCUCUUGUCUGUUAUAUUCCGUAAGUUAAUUACCCGUUUUAAAAUUGUAAAGCACUGCAAAAUAUGUGCUCCAACUGCCAUCACACAUCGAGUGGGAGCAUGUCUUGUCCUUCUAACAGUUCCAAAAUUGUCUUUCAAAUGAAAACACAUUGGUAAAUAACCAAUUGAGUCCUGAUUUCUGGGGUUUCUUAGAGUACAAUCCUUAUUUUUCUUUAGCUGUCACAGAUGAGUAAGUAGUAAAUGAAGGCCACCUCUGCUAAGGCGAACUGCCGUGUACAUCACACUACUUCAAUAUACUCAUUACUUGUCAGAUUUCAGAGUUAACAGGUUCUCAUUCCUAAAACAAUUCUUUCUCCUUCAAAGCGUAUCUAAUACCACCAUUGCUAUUAAUUUAAAUUUCUGUUUGACGAAGUAAAAAAGCUAGACAAAAUAAAGAGAGAUAAGAAGGAGAGAUUGGAUGAAGGGAGGUUGUGAUGGAUGGAUGGAGAAGGAGAGAUUAGAUGGGUGGAUGGAUGGAGAGACUGGAUGGGUGGAUGGAGAGAUUAAAUGGAUGGAGAGAGGUAGGGAUUCGAUGGAUGGAUGGAUGAAGAGUUUGGAGAUGGGGAGGGAGGAAUGGAAAGAUUGGACAAGAGAUUAGAUGGGUGGAUAGAGAGAUUGGAUGGAUGAAAGGAGGGAUGGAGCGAUUGGAUGGAUGUAGAGAUUGGAUGGAUGGAGAGAGGGAGGAUGGGAUUGAGAAAUUGAUGGAAGGAUGGAUGAAGAGAUGGGAGGGAUGGAUGGAAAUAUUGGAUAAGGGAUGAAUGAAGAGAUUGGAUGGAAGGGAGGGAUGGAAGGAUGUUUGAAGAGAUGGGAGGGAGAGAUUGGAUGGAGGGAGGGAGGGAGGUAGGCAGGGAUGGAGAGAUUGGAUAGAUGAAUGAAGAGAUAGGAGGGAGGGAGAAAUGGGAUUGAGAAAUUGAUGGAAGGAUGAAGAGAUGGGAGGGAUGGAUGGAAAUAUUGGAUAAGGGAUGAAUGAAGAGAUUGGAUGGAAGGGAGGGAUGGAAGGAUGUAUGAAGAGAUGGGAGGGAGAGAUUGGAUGGAGGGAGGGAGGGAGGUAGGCAGGGAUGGAGAGAUUGGAUAGAUGAAUGAAGAGAUAGGAGGGAGGGAGAAAUUGAUGGAGUCCCUGUCCUUGAAUUAAAAAGCUUUCUGUUUCAUUCGCCUGUCUGUUCGGAUAGUGGAUGGGACAGCGGUCUCCACUAACCCCCAUCCAGCGGAAGAGGUGGCACCAGGGCAAAGUGCAGCUGGCCUCUGCCUUACCUGUCCCCGUAUUGUUGAGCCUGAUGCCCAGCAGGCUUCCACAGCAAAAGCCAUGCCUACAGGACAGAGCAGCGCUGACCUGAUGACACACAGACCUACUGAGCUGGCCUCUGCCCACCAACCACCAAGUACCCACAACUCCAUGCCUGGGAGCAAGGACACCCACUCAACAGAUUGGAAUAGACCAGAUGGAGCCGAGCACCAGAGGUUACCAAGUCAGCUUCUUGUUUUUGGGCAGGCUUCUCGACUAACCCAGGCACAGACAAACAGAAGGUCCGGUACCUUGUUAGUCUUCCUUUGGGAGAUAUGGGGCAAACGUGCCUAUGCCGCAAGCUCCUGGAGGAGCCUGCUAGCUAGCCUCCUGCCCAAGGACUAUGGGCCAGGUCCAAAAUAAAAAACCCUUCAGAAGUCAGCCAGACUACCCGGACAUCCCCAAGUUGACCCAAAAAAGGUCAAGCCAGGUCUGCUGGAGUGUUCCACAAAAGGGGAGCAAUGUGACAAAAGGAGAACAAUGUCCCUGGAUUAAAAAAGCUUUGUUUCAUUUGCCUGUCUUUUUGGUGGAUUGCAUUCCCCUCCUAUUCUAACAUAGUCCCGUUCGACUACCGAACAACCGCACGAACCAGGGACCACACAGGAGCUUGUUAACACUUAUUAACACCUUGGAACCUUUCUCACCGCAGUGUUCUAAUUGUUCGUCUGGGUCGCCGCAAUUCCUAUGGACAACCACGAGCUGGCGGCCAUCUUGUUCACAUGAACGCAGGCAGCGCUGGACUUCCAUCAUCGCCUGCGUUCGGUCCUAUACAGUUUAGAAGGGCACUGUUCGGUGAAAUUGUUCAUCUGGAUGAAGGAAACAAGCUCCAGGGUAAGAAAAUUUAAUAUGUUUGGUAGUUUGUUCGGUUUUCAAACUACCGAACUAGACCGACCACUAGCCCUAAUUCUAUGGAACUAUUUUGGGCAUGGGACCAUGCGUACGGUCGUUCAAAUUAUGACUUCCAGGAAAUUUCUGAACCCCUAAACUAAUUUGGGUGAUUUUUGGAUAUGUUGGUCACUCAUAUCAGGGCUAUCAGGAGAUGUAGCUUUUGUGGGGAUUUUGUGUGUUUUAAUGUGUUUUUUUUUUUUUUUAAAUGUGUAUUUUUGUGUCUGGAGAUAAUUGAGUUAAUACAGUACUUUACUCAAUUAUCUCCCAGGCAGAGGGGAGGGAUUGUAUGAGUAUGUAUGGGAGUGUCAUGUACUUGAACAACUUUGUCAUUGGUCUGUAACUUUGUAUUGUAGUCUUCCAUCAGGUCCAGGCGGAAGUACCCCUUGCGUGGGGACUUGCAUAUAAGGCCAGUUGUGGCUAUCACUUCACCCUCAACAAUAGGAACAAUAAUUAACAUAGUAACACUCCCACAUACAGUCAGCUAACCCUCCCCUCUGCCUGUGAUAUAAUUAAGAUAGAUAAUGGAAUAAGUUAUUAAUCCACAGGCAGUUAAAGCAUAAAUUUUUACAAACCCCAAAAUACAACAAAUCCCCAUAAAUGGAUAGCCCUGAUCUGGGUGAACAACAAAUCCAAAAAUCACCCAGAUCAGAGCAGGGGUUCAAAAGUUCCAUGGAAGUCACAUUUGACCGACCGCACUCACAUUUUCAUGCCCAAAACAGUUCCAGAGAAUUUGGCUGUGCGACCAGUCUAUUUCCAAUGUUAAAUUCAGUUCAAAUAGACGAACAGCAACCGUUCGUGCAACCGUCAAUGUUAAAGUGCUGUUCGAAUUGUUGAACAGUGUUCGACUCCAGUCGAAGCGUUGAAGUCUGGAGAAGGUAAAGUUCAGCGGUGUUUGUGCCGUCGCGUGUCUGAUUUGAGUUCCAUGAACUCGACAACCAAACACCGCUGAACGCGUUCGACUGAAUUAAAAUGGCCGCCGACACGUGUUCGUAUGUUGAAUGGCGUCUACUUCGGCUGUAUCCGAAGUGCCAUUACAAAAGUGCAGGUCCUUUCCCAUAGGAUUUAAAGGGGCAGAAACAGUGUAUUAAAACCCCUUAAGCCCAAAUAGGGUUUUUAGACGGCAAUAUACCCCAGGGGCCAUAGUCACAGGGCAAAAGGCUGGCAAGCAGGUCUCUCCAAAAGCCAGUGGCAAAUGGUAGUUCGUCACAGUGGUAUUGAUUAAAAUCCCAGCAGGCAGAGAUAAUGUCUUAGAACUAAAUAAAUCACAGGGGUCAUAGUUCCAAGAUAAAAGACUGGCAAUUAGUCCUUUCCAUACACCGAAUUACACCAAACAGGGGAAACACUUAUAACCACUGCAAAAAUGGAAAACACCACAACCACUGGGAAAACAGAGGGCUCCUGUUACACCACGUAUUAAAGCAACCACUACACAUUAAAUAUUCAUCGACUACCAUCUGAUAGCAAAUUGUCUCUGUGAUAUCCUAAUCUCUAUAUCUCUCUUUGGCAGGUACUGCGCUUCUACCAGUGGUUGCUUUUCCAUUUGAAGAUUUUUAUAUCGACACAAACAAUAUUGUUCACACUUUGGGACAAAGGGAGCAAACAUUACUUUUUUAUUCUGGGUUAAUUAUGGCUUCCAUUGGAAUUGGAGGGAUUCGAGCUGUCGUGUGCCCAUUAAGUGCCUACAAUUUGAAUGGGUACAAAGAAAAGGAGCUGACAUCUUUCUUCAACUGGUCAGUAGAGAGUUUGUCGCAUACUGUGCCAUGAGGAGGGUAUUAUACUGUGCCUUGAGGCUGUAUUAUUAAACUGCCACGAGACAGGUAUUAUACUCUGCCACAAGGCUGUAUUAUUAUACUGUGCCACAAGGCUGGAUUAUUAUACUGUGCUACGAGACCUGUAUAAACACUCUGCCACGAGACAGGUAUUAUACUCUGCCACGAGGCUGUAUUAUUAUACUGUGCCACAAGGCUGGAUUAUUAUACUGUGCCACGAGGCUAGAUUAUUAUAAUGUGCCACGAGCCUGGAUUAUUAUACUGUGCCACAAGGCUGGAUUAUUAUACUGUGCCACAAGGCUGGAUUAUACUGUGCCAUGAGGCUGGAUUAUUAUACUGUGCCACAAGGCUGGAUUAUUAUACUGUGCCACAAAACUGGAUUAUUAUAUAGUGCAAACAGGUUGGAUUAUUAUACUGUGCCAUGAGACUGAAUUAUUAAACAGUGCCACAAGGCUGUAUUGUCAUGUAGUGCCAUGAGACUGGAUUAUUAUAUAGUGCCAACAGGUCGAAUUAUUAUACUAUGCCACGAGGCUGAAUUCUAUAGUGCCACAAGGCUGGAUUGUUAUAUAGUGCCACGAGACUGAAUUCGUAUAUAGUGCCAUGUGGCAAACCCUGCCACUUGGACUAAUUAUUCUAUGUGAAUGGGUGAAUUUCACCAAGAAAAUAACUACACGAAUUGACUUUCAUGUUAUUUUACUGUUUUUAUGCGAAUGCACGAAACUACCGAACGAGAGACCACCCGGGGUGGUCGUGUGUUUCCAAUUAGCUGAGCGAUACAAUGUUGCAAAGGGAAUUAAGUACCUGUAUGUGUGUCCGCCAUUUCGCCUACUGAACACGUGGCGGUGGCCAUCUUACGCACGAACAGCGGUACUUGGUUGUCGAACGCCUGGAACUCAAACCGGGCAUUCGACUAACCAAGCACCGCUAAGACCUUCAGCAUGCUCCGACAGCACGAAUCAAACACACGAACGCCCCGGCGUUCGGUAGAUAGAAUCCCCUAAACGAGAGGAUUCAUACGAAUGCCAGCAAUCGCAUGGAUGGCUAAGCUGUUCGGUAUUUUUGAUUCACUAAAAUAGACUGACCGCAGGGCCAGAAUUCAUGGAACUGUUUUCGGCUACUAAGUCCCUGCGGUCGGUCAAAUCUUUAACUGUCUGUAACUCCCGAACCCCUGGUCCGAUCUGGGUGAAUUUCAAGUAUGUUGUUCACCCAGAUCAGACCUACCAGGGUACCCCCUGUAUUUAGGGGACAUGCAGAAAGUGGGGAAAACUCUGUCCCCACUAAUCUGUUUAAGUGCUAAUCCAAGGGGAGGAGAGGGAGGGGAGGUGACCGUGUUACAAUUGGCUACUGUAAUAAUUAUGAAAGUUACCUCCCUUGCAUGGGAGAAAUGCAUAAAAGCAGACUUGUGAAUAAAGCUGACAGUUGACUCCCAGACUAUGUGUCGUUUAGUCCUUGGGGAGGUGGAUUAUGCUGUGUUCCCGUGAUUUUGUAUGCUGAAUCUUUGUUCCCAGCGGAGAGCUAUUGGAUUAACCCCUGCCCCUCUGCUACAUGCCACAAGGCCGGAUUAUUAUAUUGUGCCAACAGGACGGAUUUUUAUACUGUGCCACGAGGUUGAAUUAUACAGUGCCACAAGGCUGGAUUAUUAUACUGUACCAUGAGGCUGAAUUCUAUAGUGCCACAAGACUGGAUUAUUAUAUAGUGCCAUGAGACUGAAUUAUUAUACAGUGCCACAAGGCUGGAUUGUUAUAGUGCCACAAAGCUGGAUUAUUAUAUAGUGCCACAAGGCCGGAUUUUUAUACUGUGCCACGAGGCUGAAUUAUACAGUGCCACAAAGCUGGAUUAUUAUACUGUGCCACAAGGCUGGAUUGUCAUGUAGUGCCACAAAACCGGAUUAUUAUAUAGUGCCAACAGGACGGAUUUUUAUACUUUGCCACGAGGUUGAAUUAUACAGUGCCACAAGGCUGGAUUAUUAUACUGUACCAUGAGGCUGAAUUCUAUAGUGCCACAAGACUGGAUUAUUAUAUAGUGCCAUGAGACUGAAUUAUUAUACAGUGCCACAAGGCUGGAUUGUUAUAGUGCCACAAGGCUGGAUUAUUAUAUAGUGCCACAAGGCCGGAUUUUUGUAUACUGUGCCACGAGGCUGAAUUAUACAGUGCCACAAAGCUGGAUUAUUAUACUGUGCUACAAGGCUGGAUUGUCAUGUAGUGCCACAAGACCGGAUUAUUAUAUAGUGCCAACAGGUCGGAUUAUUAUUGUAGCGGAGAUCCAGUAUUCCACAAGUUGUCUCCGCUUAAGAUCCCAGUGAGGCUCAGGAACAAGUAAUUAUAAAUCCAUAAAGCAAGGUUUCCAGCAGGUAAAACAAUAUAGCAAUAUCCCAACAGCAAUCCCAAUAACUGGACGACACACAGCAUCAGGAGCAGAACUAAACCUUUAUUUCCACAGUGGCCUUAUAAAGCAUGCUCCCAUGCAAGGGAGGGAUUUCCAAUAAUUAAUACAGUAUCCAAUCCGGUACUAGUACCCUCCCCCACAUCUCCUCCCCUCAGCCUGACUCAUAAUCCCCUUAUACAGUACACAAAUUCCCCAAGUUUCUGGAUGUACCCCUAAACCGAGGGGUACCCCUUUAAAUGGCACAUCCCCUGAUUUGGGUGAGCAACAUAUCCAAAAAUCACCCAGAUCGGUCCAGGGGUUCGGGAAAUUUGUGGAGGUAAUGAAAAGACCGACCGCGCUGGAGAGAACAGCUGAAUUGGGUUCUAUGCGAUGGGGCCCUGCGGUCGGUCACAGUAUAAGGGAACAAACUGCACAAAAGGCUAAGGUUACAGAGAUCAGGUAGGGUUCGCAUCGGUUGUUUCUUUCUACUGAACGAGGGGCCAUUCGGUAGUUUGGAAGCAAACGUAUCUUGCGUAUGGAGGUCUCAGCGGUGUUUGCCUAGCCGAGUGUCCGAUUUGGGUUCCAGACACUCGACGGCAAAACACAGCUGUUCGGGAGUUUUAAAAUGGCCACCGCCACGUGUUUGUUUCCCGAAUGGCGGCUACCCUGAGAACAAAGGACCCACCGCACAGCUUGUCAAUUACCAGUUCGCAACAUUGUUGCAACUGGUAAUUGAAGGCACACUUCACACUGGGGAGGUCUGACUGUUCGGUAGUUUCAUUCCCCUAGUUGCUAGAAUGAUUCUACCGAACAAUCCGACAAAUACAACCUAUAUUUAUACACAUAACACUGCAAUUUAAGCGAAUACAUUAAUACAUAUGAAAUUUCCAGGACAGCCCAGUGCCAUUCGCUACAAUUAUACUGUGCCAUGAGACUGAAUUAUUAUACAGUGCCACAAGGCUGGAUUAUUAUACAGUGCCACAAGGCUGGAUUAUUAUAUAGGGCCAUGAGGCCGGAUUAUUAUACUGUGCCACGAGGCUGAAUUAUACAGUGCCACAAGGCUGGAUUGUUAUAUAGUGCCACAAGGCUGAAUUAUUAUAAUGUGCCACGAGGCUGAAUUAUACAGUCACGCAAGGCUGGAUUAUUAUAUAGUGCCACGAGGCCGGAUUAUAAUACUGUGCCAUGAGACUGAAUUAUUAUACAGUGCCACAAGGCUGGAUUGUUAUAUAGUGCCACAAGGGUUGAUUAUAGUAUAGUGCCAACAGGCCGGAUACUGUGCCACGAGGCUGGAUUAUAUAGUGCCACGAGGCUGGAUUAUUAUAUAGUGUCACAAGGCCAGAUUUUUAUACUGUGCCACGAGGCUUAAUUAUAUAGUGCCACGAGGCCGGAUUAUAAUACUGUGCCAUGAGACUGAAUUAUUAUACAGUGCCACAAGGCUGGAUUGUUAUAUAGUGCCACAAGGGUUGAUUAUAGUAUAGUGCCAACAGGCCGGAUACUGUGCCACGAGGCUGGAUUAUAUAGUGCCACGAGGCUGGAUUAUUAUAUAGUGUCACAAGGCCAGAUUUUUAUACUGUGCCACGAGGCUUAAUUAUAUAGUGCCACGAGGCCGGAUUAUAAUACUGUGCCAUGAGACUGAAUUAUUAUACAGUGCCACAAGGCUGGAUUGUUAUAUAGUGCCACAAGGGUUGAUUAUAGUAUAGUGCCAACAGGCCGGAUACUGUGCCACGAGGCUGGAUUAUUAUAUAGUGCCACAAGGCCAGAUUUUUAUACUGUGCCACGAGGCUUAAUUAUACAGUGCCACAAGGCUGGAUUAUUACAUAGGGCCAUAAAGCCGGAUUAUUAUACAGUGCCACGAGGCUGAAUUAUACAGUGCCACAAGGCUGGAUUGCUAUAUAGUGCCACAAGGCUGGGUUGUUAUAUAAUGCCACAAGGCCGGAUACUGUGCCACGAGGCUGAAUUAUACAGUGCUACAAGGCUGGAUUAUUAUACUGUGCCAUGAGACUGAAUUAUUAUACAGUGCCACAAGGCUGGAUUGUCAUGUAGUACCACAAUGCUGGAUUGUUAUAUAGUGCCAACAGGUCGGAUUAUUAUAAUGUGCCACGAGGCUGAAUUAUACAGUGCCACAAGGCUGGAUUGUUAUAUAGUGCCACCAGGCUGGAUUCUUAUAUAGUGCCACAAGGGUUGAUUAUAGUAUAGUGCCAACAGGCCGGAUACUGUGCCACGAGGCUGGAUUAUAUAGUGCCACGAGGCUGGAUUAUUAUAUAGUGCCACAAGGCCAGAUUUUUAUACUGUGCCACGAGGCUUAAUUAUACAGUGCCACAAGGCUGGAUUAUUAUAUAGGGCCAUAAAGCCGGAUUAUUAUACAGUGCCACGAGGAUGAAUUAUACAGUGCCACAAGGCUGGAUUGCUAUAUAGUGCCACAAGGCUGGGUUGUUAUAUAAUGCCACAAGGCCGGAUACUGUGCCACGAGGCUGAAUUAUACAGUGCUACAAGGCUGGAUUGUUAUACUGUGCCAUGAGACUGAAUUAUUAUACAGUGCCACAAGGCUGGAUUGUCAUGUAGUACCACAAUGCUGGAUUGUUAUAUAGUGCCAACAGGCCGGAUUAUUAUAAUGUGCCACGAGGCUGAAUUAUACAGUGCCACAAGGCUGGAUUGUUAUAUAGUGCCACCAGGCUGGAUUCUUAUAUAGUGCCACAAGGCCGGAUUUUUAUACUGUGCCAUGAGGCUGAAUUAUACUGUGCCACAAGGCUGGAUUAUUAUACUGUGCCACAAGGCUGGAUUGCUAUAUAGUGCCACAAGGCUGGAUUGUUAUAUAAUGCCAACAGGCCGGAUACUGUGCCACGAGGCUGGAUUAUUAUAUAGUGCCACAAGGCCGGAUUGUUAUAUAGUGCCACAAGGCCGGAUUGUUAUAUAGUGCCACAAGGCUGGAUUUUUAUACUGUGCCACGAGGCUGAAUUAUACAGUGCACAAGGCUGGAUUUUUAUACUGUGCCACGAGGCUGAAUUAUACAGUGCCACAAAACUGGAUUAUUAUACAGUGCCACAAGGCUGGAUUAUUAUACAGUGCCACAAGUCUGGAUUAUUAUAGUGCCACAAGGCCGGAUUAUUAUAUAGUGCCACAAGGCCGGAUUAUUAUAUAGGGCCACAAGGCCGGAUUAUUAUAUAGUGCCACAAGGCCGGAUUAUUAUAUAAGGCCACAAGGCCGGAUUAUUAUAUAGUGCCACAAAGCCGGAUUAUUAUACUGUGCCACGAGGCCGAAUUAUUAUACUGUGCCAUGAGACUGAAUUAUUAUACAGUGCCACAAGGCUGAAUUAUUAUACUGUGCCACAAGGCUGGAUUGCUAUAUAGUGCCACAAGGCUGGAUUGUUAUAUAAUGCCAACAGGCCGGAUACUGUGCCACGAGGCUGGAUUAUUAUAUAGUGCCACAAGGCCGGAUUGUUAUACUGUGCCACGAGGCUGAAUUAUACAGUGCCACAAGGCUGGAUUAUUAUACUGUGCCACAAGGCUGGAUUAUUAUACAGUGCCACAAGGCUGGAUUAUUAUACUGUGCCACAAGGCUGGAUUAUUAUACAGUGCCACAAGGCUGGAUUAUUAUAGUGCCACAAGGCCGGAUUAUUAUAUAGUGCCACGAGGCCGAAUUAUUAUACUGUGCCAUGAGACUGGAUUAUUAUAAUGUGCCACGAGCCUGGAUUGUUAUAUAGUGCCACAAAUCUGCUAUAGUACUUUGCCAAUGUUCCUGCUUAAUACUUUUAUGUGUUUUUUUUUCCAGGUUUUAUUGGUUGGUUAACCUAAAUUCACUGGUUGUGUUUUCCGGCAUCUCGUAUAUUCAGCAAUCAGCAGCUAAAAACCUGGGGUUCCUUAUCCCCUUCAUGUCAGUCGUAAUGGCUCUCAUAACCAUCCACAUGAUCCGAAACGAUCUCCUAGAUCGACAUAAGAAAGGUAAGAGAAAUCCUAAAUCUUUUUUCACCAAACGAGGAAAUGUGAACCAUAUUAGACAAAUAGGCUUUCCCUGUCUGAAAUACUGUGUGACAGGGGGAUCCCAACGGAUGUCCACAUCCGGAGCCUUUCUGUAG